UCACAUGACUGAAUCCGCCGCUGUGAUUGGCUGGACGUCCGCUCAUUUCUAUGUGGGACAAAGGUGGUGUUGAACUGGUCAAGUUCGCGGCGGCAUCUAUCGCGGUCACUAGGAGAACAACAAUGCUGCUUAACAAGGUACUGAAGGCCAGUGUGCGGACUGGCAUCCGGCUGCAGAGCUCCAGCGCAGCAACCAGUGCAAAGGCAGCCACCGGAGCCCAGAAAUCAUCUCCGGGCUACUCCUUUGAGCUGACAGAACAACAGAAGGAGUUCCAGCUGCUGGCGAGGAAGUUUGCCCGUGAAGAGGUUGUUCCUGCCGCACCAGGUUAUGAUAAAAGUGGUGAAUAUCCUUUCCCCAUCAUUAAGAAGGCAUGGGAGCUUGGUCUGAUGAAUUCUCAUAUUCCAGAGGACUGCGGUGGCAUGGGCCUGUCCAUCUUUGAUGCCUGUCUCAUCACAGAAGAGUUGGCCUACGGCUGCACAGGAGUACAGACUGCUAUCGAGGCAAACUCUCUAGGUCAAAUGCCUGUCAUCCUCGCUGGUAAUGAUGCGCAGAAGAAGAAGUACCUUGGAAGAAUGACUGAGGAGCCACUCAUGUGUGCAUACUGUGUGACAGAGCCUGGUGCAGGCUCAGAUGUGGCAGGCAUUAAGACCCGGGCUGUAAAGAAAGGGGAUGAGUACAUCGUUAAUGGACAGAAGAUGUGGAUCACCAACGGUGGGAAAGCUAACUGGUACUUCCUCCUGACCCGCACUGACUCAGACCCUAAAUGCCCAGCCAGCAAGGCAUUUACCGGUUUCAUUGUUGACGCCGAUACUCCGGGAAUUCAGGUUGGAAGAAAGGAGUUGAACAUGGGCCAGAGGUGCUCUGACACCAGAGGCAUCACCUUUGAAGAUGUAAGGAUACCCAAAGAGAACGUCCUGAUCGGAGAGGGCGCUGGCUUCAAAAUCGCCAUGGGGGCCUUUGACAAGACCAGGCCACCAGUGGCAGCAGGAGCAACAGGCCUGGCGCAGAGAGCCCUCGACGAGGCCACCAAUUACGCACUGGAGAGGAAGACCUUUGGCAGACUCAUUGCAGAGCACCAGGCGGUGUCUUUCCUGCUGGCUGAGAUGGCGAUGAAGGUGGAGCUGGCCCGCAUGGCCUACCAGCGGUCGGCCUGGGAGGUGGACGAGGGCCGCAGGAACACCUACUACGCGUCCAUCGCCAAGGCCUUCGCCGGAGACAUCGCCAACCAAGUGGCCAGUGACGCCGUCCAGAUAUUUGGAGGCAAUGGCUUCAACAGCGAAUACCCGGUGGAGAAACUGAUGAGAGAUGCCAAGAUCUACCAGAUCUACGAGGGCACUGCUCAGAUCCAGAGACUUAUCAUUGCCCGCGAACACCUGGGAAAAUUCAAGAAAUGAACUCUGCAUGUCUGAAUACAUUUGUCGUCCAUGUCAAUGCCAUCAUUUUGUUGUAACUUUUGUAAUAUAUAGAAUAGAUUUGAUCAUAUCAGGUCAGGAUACAUAAUAAUAUGUUGGUUGCCUUACAGUUCAUCACUCAUCAUGCCUUGCUCUUUUUUUUUUUUUUUUUUUUUUUCCCUUUGGGUCAUUGGGGUGCCGUCCUUCUUAUGAAAACUGUAAUCAGUCAAAGAAAUGUAAAAUAGCCCACAUCUGGAAUGCCACUAUGAACACUUUGCUACAAUUAUACCUCAGCUACAUGAUGAAUGUGUGUUGGUCAUUUUAAUAAACUGUAUAGUAUGAGGGGGAAAAA